AUGGAGGCGUUGGUGGUGAUGCCGGCGGUCAGCAUGGCGAAGGCGGUGCUGGGCACCCUGCUGGGCUGGGCGGAGACCGCGGUGGCCGACAGGAUGGCUCUCGUGCUGCGUGUAAAAGAGGAUGUGCAGUCCAUCCACUUCGAGCUGUCGAUGAUGCAUGCCUUUCUGAGGGCAUCCUCCCCUGCGUACCCGGCCGGCGGCGGCGGCAACCGCGGCGAGGACGUUGUGCAGACCACAUGGGUUAAGCAUAUGCGCGACAUCGCCUUCGACAUUGAGGACUGCCUCCUCGACUUCAUGCUGCUCAAGGGGCCUUCGGUCGACCUCCUCCGCGUCGCCGAGCGGAUCACGAAACUCAGGGCCAGGGUCGACGCGCUUCACCAGGGCAACCAGCGGUACCACGCUUUCACCCGCGCCGACCGAAUAAGCCCGCGCCACGAGCUGCACGCCGACGACGGCUCAGAGCCCACGCUCCUGGGCGACUGGCGCCGUCAGGCCAUUAUUGGCCGGGACGGCGACAAGAAAGCCCUGACCAAGCUGGUCGUCCGGGCCGGGGCGACCGUGGUGGCGGUGUGGGGCAUGGCCGGGGUGGGCAAGUCGUCCCUGGCGCGUAUGUUGUACGACGACCGCUACCUCGUCGGCCGCUUCGACCGCCGCGCCUGGGUGACCGUGCCGCACCAGCUGGAGGGCGCCGACGAGUUCAGGCGGCUGCUCCAGGAGCAGAUCAGUGUGCACGGGGAGGACAGGUGCCUGCUCGUGGUGGACGACGUGUCCUCGCUCGAGGAGUGGGAGCACGUAUCGCGGUGUCUCGCCGCAAACGACACCGGCGGCCGGCUCGUCGUGCUCGUGACCACACACCAACAACACGUUGCCCGGCAGUGCGCGCGGGACGACGAUGUGUACGAGCUCAAGCCACUCACACACAAGGAAGCCCGGAAACUACUGUGUCACAAGGUGUUCAAGGAUGCUAACUAUAAGUUGCCAAAUGGUAUGGUGAAGCAAGCCAAAUUUAUCUUAGAGCGAUGUCGGGGCAUUCCGCUUGCCAUAGUUGCCGUAGGAGGUCUAUUGGCUAACCGGCCAAAGAAAAGCAGUGAAUGGACGAAUCUACAAGAGCAUCUUAGGCCAGGAUUUGAGUCUGCUGCCCAUGAUGUCAAGGGAGUUAUCUCCUCAAGCUAUGACGGACUACCAUAUCAUGUCAAGUUUUGCUUCUUGUACAUGAGUAUCUUCCCCCAGAAGCAUGGGAUCAGGCAUACCCGCUUAUUGCGGCGCUGGAUGGCAGAAGCCUACAUAGAAAAAUUGUAUAAUAAGACCCAUGAGGAAGUUGCACAGAGUCAGUACAAUAAGCUAAUCAAUAGAAGAAUGAUCGAGCCUUCCAACAAAGCCAGGGCUAGCAUGACAAGUGAAUGUUGUGGUGUUCAUGACCUAGUACUCCAAAUAAUCUUGCCCAAGUGUAUUGAGGAGAACCAGCUCUUCAUCAUGGAUAAGCACUGCAAUGAGGCUCCACAGAGUAAUGUACGUCAUUUGGUAGUGGCAAGGCGGAAGAGGAUUGAGGAGAAGAUGGCAAGCAUAAACUUGACGUGUUUACGGUCACUAACAGUCUUUGGAAAGUGCCCAGAAUCUUUCAUCACGCAUAAACUGCGGUUGUUGAGGGUUCUUGACUUGGAGGAUUCAAUUGGUUUGAAGAAUGAAGAUCUGAAGGACAUCGGGCAGCUACCCCAUUUAAGGUACCUUGGUCUACGAGGAACAGAUAUUUCAGAACUUCCUUCUUCUCUGCAAAACCUUAUGUUUCUGGAGACGUUAGAUGUUAAAGACACAAAGGUGACACAAUUGCCAGCUGGUAUCAUCAAUCUGGAGAAUCUAUCUUACCUUCGUGUUGGUGUGAACUUCGCAACGGGGAAGAUGGGAGAAGACAAGAAUGUCGGCAAACGUAACUACAACUUCUUUGUGACUUUAGCAAACUUGAUAUUGAUAUGCGGUGGUUACAAGGAAGGUCGUGAAUUGGGUUGUGCAGGUCGAUCCUGUGUAAGAGCUCCUGAGAAAAUCGAGAAGCUAAGUAACCUUCAAGUUCUUGGGGUGGUGCACAUUGCAAGCAGCCAAGAGGGAAGAAUGUUGGGGAAGCUGACUAACCUGCGCAAAUUGGGAGUGCAUUUAGAUGCAGCCGGUGAACCCAAGAAGGAGGAAUUAUGCAGAUCAAUAUCGAGUCUUGUUCAGCUGGAGCAAUUGGAAGUGCACUGUGAGUCGCUUGAGUUUCUCAAGAACAUGAUUGAACCGCCGCCAAUGCAUCUCCAAUCACUACGGUUGUGUGGCCAUUUAGGCAAUCUCCCUAGCUGGGUGAGGUCCCUCACCGAUCUAUCCAAGAUAAAGUUGAUACGGACAGGGUUGAAGCAGCAAGAUAUUGAGGUGGUCGGGAGUUUGCCCAAUGUAAUUAUUCUUGGGCUCUGGGAGGAAUCCUUUGCAGAGGAGUCUCUAUAUUUUGUCAAGGGUACAUUCCACAAGCUCAAACUUCUUGACAUUGAAGGACUGGAGGAACUCAAAACCAUACGCAUCGAGCAUGGCGCAUUACCAGCCCUCGAGAAACUUCGAGUGAGGAAAUGUCUUAAGCUAUACAACAAUCAGCAGGGCUUGUCUAGUGUAAAGUCACUGCAGAACCUAAACGAACUUGACCUGACAAGUUGUGGUGAUAAACCGUCGCUGGAGAUGAAACUUCGAAAGCAGAUUAGUGGAUUUCCCAACCGACCGGUGCUCAUAAUCGGCAAGCAUCCAAUUUAUGCCGCAAUUGAUGAUGUGGUAGAUUUUGCUGAUCAAUUCGUUCGACUAGAAUCAGAAAACGUCCAACUUCGUAAGGCUGUUAAAACUUCGGCUGAUCAAGUGCUAGAAGCUAACAUGCUAGCAGCUGAGGCACAAAGCGAGAACACAUGCCUAAAGGACGAACUGAAGAAGUUGAAGAAUAAGAUGAAGGAUGAGCAAGAGGCAAGGCACAAGGCUUUCGUUGAAACUAACGAGAAGGAAGAUGCCCUCCGCGAGUCCAUUGGAAAUUUGCUAAUUAAGAUUUCUUCAUGUACUACCGACAUGCCUGUCGAUCGUACAAACAAACUUUGA